GCCUAACCUUCUCGUUGAGACUGUCCAAGAUGGCCCCAGUUAAGCCAACUAUAAAAGUGUCCCCCAUAACAUCCCCCACCGACUUUACUUCCUUCUUCGACAUUUCUGCAUCGGCAUUCGGCUCUCAGGUGCACGAUGGAGUCUGGAUCGCCAUGAAUCCCGGGUGGGAUACCCCCGAGGGAAAAGUGCGUGCAAUAAGUCGGCUGGUUGAGAGGUGGUCUUCUAUCACGACCGAUCGAAACGGAAACCCAAACACCGUCUUUCUCAAGGCUACCGUCGCCGACGCCAACGGGGAGGAAGUCAUCGCCGGGGUAGCUAUCUGGGUGCAGGCGUCCAUGGUACCUGGACACGGAGACACGCCAGUUGACAUCAAUGCAGAGGCGAUCUACCCUGGGAAUCCAGUUGAACAGCGAUACUUGCUGCAGCUGGACCGCUCGCUGCAUAAGCGGCGGGUUGAGGUGGUCAAAGAAAUCGCGUCGAGCUCUUCGCCAGCAGUCAUGGUGCUGGAUCUGUGUGUUGUUGACCCGGCGUUUCAAAGACAGGGGGUUGCGUCAAAGUUGGUUCAGUGGGGGCUUGAUGAGGCUAAGCACCGAGGGGGCCUGGAGGCCGUGCUGGAGGGGUCGAGUAUGGGCAGGCAUGUCUAUAGGCAACUGGGGUUCUGGCAGGAUGGGGGAGAGUGCGAGUAUGAUGUGGACGAGGAGUUUCGGGACAGGGAACAGCCGUCGAAUAUCUUUAUGCGGACGGGACGGCCGCAAUAGCUGCUACUUAUAGAGGCCAUAU